UCCCAUCACGCCCAGCGCCCCGCCCAGGCCGGCGGCCCUGGGGUCUCUGACUGCGGCCGCGUGAGCUCGGAGCCGCCGCCGCGAUGCCGAAAGCCAAAGGGAAAAACCGGCGCCGAAAGUUCGGCUACAACGUCAACCGCAAGCGGCUGAACCGGCAGAGCCGCAAGCGGGCGGCGCCCCGUAUCGAAUGCUCCCACAUCAGACAUGCGUGGGACGGAACGAAAUCCGUGUCUCAGAACCUGGCUGAAAUGGGGCUGGCUGCAGACCCCAACAAGGCGAUUCCCAUCCGGAAAAGGCAGCUACCGGUGAUGGAAAUGGAGGUUGAUGGCCAAGACAAAGGAAAGAGAGUUGUGAAGAAGCCUUAUGUCCUGGACGAGCUGGAGUAUGAGGCCAGCCUCCCGGAGAAGAAGUCGGAGACGCUGUCCAGAGACCUUAUUGACUAUGUGCAGUACAUGGUACGGAACCAUGGCGAGAACUACAAGGCCAUGGCUCGUGAUGAGAAGAACUACUACCAGGACACGCCCAAGCAGAUCAAGAGGAAGAUCAGUGUGUAUAAGCGCUUCUACCCGGAGGAGUUCCAGGCUUUCAUUGCAUCCCUGCAGCAGGUCAAGAUGGACCAGCAGUGACUGCUCCCACCCUGCCCUGUGGGACCCACCCGCAGCUGCGGGUCCCGUGCUGCCCCUCCCCAGGCAACCAAGGGAAGAGUGACUCUGCCUGUUGGUGCCAUUUCACCAUUCGCAGGCUGGGGCUUGCUGAACUAGAUGUAGCUUCUGGUGGGCAGGGUCGGAGGUGGGUCUGAGCGUGUGCUAGAAUGGGCUCCUCCGUGUGGCUGCAGGGGAGACAGCUGCUGCCUCACCAUAGUGGGGGCGAAGGGAAGAGACAGUCUCUUGUGUCCUGCAGCUCCUAGUUACAAUAAAUCAGACUCUUCCAAACCAGCCUGAAUACACCCGAGUGCAGCUGGCUCAAGGGCUCCGCACCUGCCUGCACUGUGCUGACCCAAGGGAAGUCUUCAUUCUAAGGCCUGCUCUGGCUCUUCACGGGCGGUGCAAGCCCCCUGCCCAGUGCAGCCAUGGGGCUGGAUUGUUCACAGGCCCCAGGGCUUUGCUGCUGGCUGCUUGGGAACAGCAGCCCUGGGAGUGGAAGGAGAGGCUGGCAGGGUGCUGCCUUGCCCUAGCGCUACACGUUCACCUGCCGGGACUCACGCUUGCCCUUAGCUCUACCAGAGUGAUACUCAGGCCGCCGUGGGUCAGAAGCCAGACUAGCGAUCAGCGGUGCCCCAAAAGCCACAGUCGUGUGAAUUCAUCGUUCCAUUUACUGUCGUACUAGUCACGUGUAAACAGCGUGACAGGGAAAUAUUUCGUUUUUCUAGCUUAUUCUCACAGCAAAAUGACUGACCAAGUAUUUUAUCAACUGCAAUUGGUUAAUCUAGUAAAAGCUUCCUGAUGGGUUAAUCAUGAAA